CACACCUUCAACAUCGCCGUCAUCGUCAUCUCCAAACCCUGUAAUCGCAAAAUCUCCGGAACAGCUUCGCUCUGAAUUCGUUCGAAGCCCGACAUCUCCCAUCUCCCCGAGAACCGUAACAAUAAUCUCAAGAGUCAGCUUCAAGACCAAGAGGAGGCCUUAAAACUCGGCACCCGUCUCACCUCUGCCUGAGAGUGGUUCAUUUACAGAUACCUGGAACGACAAGCCCUGAGACAAGUCUUUGCUCAAGAUUUCCCCAGUCAAACGAGCCAUGGAGUCAAUCACCUCGACCCUCGCCACACAGUACCACAAGCUCAUCGACACGGUCAAUGCGCGGCCACGCCAGACCGCCGCGACGACGACAGCGGUCGCGCUAACACUGUCUCUCACAUGGGUGCUCAGCGAUUUCCACGCGUGGAAGUCUUUCGGCACGGGAGGCACUCCGCCCACCUGGGCCGGGUACUGGCGCAUGACCAAGCUCCGGCUGAACCGCAUGCUGCUGUUCGGCAAGGACGACCUCUCCGACCCGUCGCCGCUGUCGUCGUCGGGACCCAGGUAUCUCGACCCGGCGGCCAUCCCGGUGCGCGAGGGCGCCAGACCACCGACCAUGGCGCGCACCAUGCCCCAGCGCCAGGUCCCGUACAAGGCCGGCACGGCGGAGGCGGGGGCGGAAGAGCGCGUGAAAUCCAUGAUGGCCUCGCUCGCGGCCAAACACCCGUCCAUCCUCGACCUGCGCCCGAGCAAGACCGAGGGCGGGAGCACCGACGCCAUCUACGCGAAGCCGGCCCUCGAGACCCUCAACGACAAGGCCAGGGACAACAAAAUCCUGGGCACCGAGAUCGCCCACGCCCAUCCUUCCGACGGGAGCUUGCACGUCUGGCUGUCCGAGGCGGAUGCCAAGACGGUGGUCGAGAAGGGCUGGGGCUUGCGAUUCCCGCUCAAGUUUGUCGACAAGGGCUGGGCUAUGGUCUACGCUCCGCGCACCAUGGCUGAGGUUGAUGUUGUGGAGCGCAUUGUGCGAGCGGGUAUUGCGUGGAUUGCUGGCGUCGAGGUUUAAAUGGAGCGAUUCGCGGAGAGUUGUCAAUGUCUCUUUCUUCUCAUCCUCUGUCGUUUGGAAAUUAAUCAAGUGGUCGGGCUCGGCUAGCCAGGAAAGAUUGUCAGGCACAGCUACGUACGUUGGAUGGAUCGGGCGCGCCUACAGGUUUUCUCGUCGUUAAUUCUUCAUGAUUCCCAUCGCUAGUCUAGCAGCGCUGCAUUCCCAUGUUUCACUCAGCACGUUGACACACUGAAAAUGGAAAGAAAAUGUCUCAUCAUGGGGAUGUCACUUUCCUCGCUCCACUCCGAUACCUUGACGUAUGACUGACUGUUUUCAUGACCUGU